CAUAAUUUACAAAAAUUAGAUAAUUAUGAGAAAUGGCGAUAGGAAGUAGACAUUGUCGGUUAAUUUUUUACUAAAAUUUUUACUUUUUGGAGCAAAAAAAAGAAAAAUUGAAUUAGGACAAGUAUGAAAUCACGAUCCCCAAUUCCCAUGUCAAAUGCAGUAGUCAAACAAUCCGACAAUCGCACCGCCACCAUCUCCGCCGCGUCGCCGCCAUGGACACCACCCCCGAGGAGUCAUCCUCCACCGCCGCCCAUCACGAUCCCGCAGCCACGGCCACGCAGCCCCUCCUCUCUAAACCAUAUCCCACUCUUGAACCACCCAUAGCUUCCAUCUCCGAAGCUGAGGAAGACCAAGCCCAAUACCUCCAGAUCUCCUACAAUUACGGCCCUCGCUCCCUCAAAGACCUCCCCUUCCUCAUCCUCUUCUCUCUCCUCCUCCUCUCCACCUUCGCCUUCGGAAUCUUCGCCUCCGUCAACCGAAACCCCCACCGCCACGAGCUCUCCUAUUUCACCUACGACGCCGCCUCCUCCUCCUGCGUCUCCGUCAGAGUUCGGAGCCCCUUCUCCCCCUCUUCUUCGAAUUCUACAAUAUCGAAUCAAUUCGAGGUUUUGCAUUCGAAUUCCCCCAAUUCCCCAAAUUGGAAUGCUGUAGCUAGUUUGGUUUAUUACUCAUCUGAUUUAGGAGGCAGGUUUAAUUGGCUGAAUUCUAGUGAUGCUAGUGUGUUGGAGAGCUUGAUUUGGACUCUCGUAGUCACACUAAUUCUCAGCGUGCCGUUUAUGUUCUUGGUGCUCUUGUUGCUCAAGCAUUACACUAAGCAGAUAGUUUAUGCCUCGCUUCCUUUCUUCGUGAUUGUCCCGAUUUUCGUGAACGUGUAUUGGUUUGUUGCUUGCACAGUUAGCUCCACCUGCAGUGAGGCCUUCCCCUUGGCGUAUCGGAUUUUUGUCCUAAUUUUCGUGUUCUUGAUAAUUGGUGUGAUUGUGUGGAUAUUUGUGGUGAACUGGCAUAGAAUUGAGCUGACUGUGAGAGUUAUCGGUGUGGCCUCCACUGCGCUGUCGAAAAACUUAGGGUUGUUUGGGGCUCUUCCAGCUCUGACUCUGGGGCUGGUCGUGUACUAUGUGCCGAUUGUUUUGUUCUUGGUGUUUUCCAGCUCGAAUGGUGAGAUUGUGCCGAGGGAAGACCAUGGGGAGUAUGUGUGCGUGUGGAAGCAGGAUAGCUGGGUGCCUGCUUACUACACGUUGGCGAUCUUGACAAUGCUGUGGUCUUCCUCUGUUAUGGUGGAAGCUCAGGUGUAUGUGAUCAGUGGGACUAUUGCACAGUGGUAUUUCUCCAAGGAUGAUUCUCCGCCAAAGCAUGGGAUACGAAGCUCCUUGAGGAAUGCAUUUGGCCCCUCCUUUGGCACGAUAUGUUUCUCAGGAUUGCUUAUCUGUAUUGUCCGACUUGUUCGUUCCAUUGUCGAUAAUGCAAGACAAGAAGAUGCAUCUGGGAUUGUCAACCUUAUUCUACGGUGCUGUGCCAAUGCCCUGUUGUCGGCAGUUGAUUUCCUGAACAAGUUCACCAUAAACUUUGCCGCCAUAACCGGUGAAGCAUACUGCAGUGCUGCGAGGAUGACAUAUGAGCUUCUCAAACGCAACCUUCUAUCAGCAGUGAUUGUCGAAACUGUUUCCACUCGAAUACUCUCUGGAAUCAUCCUUGUGUUAUCAGCAAUCUAUGCCAUACUGGUGUGCGUUCUUCUAAAAGCUGCGGUGCAUCUUGGCGAUGAUGCGUACUUCGUUGCUUUCAUGGCGUGGAUCUUGCUGAUCAUGGUCCUGGGAUUCUUCGUUCACGUGCUGGACAACGUUAUCGACACUGUGUAUGUGUGCUACGCUAUAGACAGGGACCGGGGGGAGGUUUAUAAACAGGAUGUCCACGAGGUCUACGUUCACCUCCCUAUCAGUAGAAGUCAUAGGGCGGGUUUCGUUCCCAGAAGCACGCACACGCACGUUGUGUAGCCGUUGUGUCUGCUCGUCGAGUAAGUCCCUCUACUGUUGUACAAUCUGUAAUUUUAUUAUUCUGCUUGGGAGGUAUAAUUGCCAGGACAGUGGCAAGUUGUGCAUAUCUGAGAUUUUAUCUUGUAGCCAGCUUUGUUCAAUAAAAAAAAAAGGGAAAAAAUUAAGUUCUGCA